UCAGAGAUUCCAUCCCCCCGUCCAAUCAAAUGAGGGGAAGGCGAGAGCAAAGUUUAUCGAGACAUCCCAUAAUAUCCACAAUUUCCUGUAGGGACUGAAAAUCAAGUGAGGAGAUGAAGGAUUGCACCAUAAUACAGCAGAGAAUACAGAGAGGAUAGACACCACAGGUACAUCCUGACCAGCACCCAACUGCACAACUGUGGGAAGACAUCCAGUCCCUUCACAACAUUGCGCAACACAGAGAAGGUUGGGUAAUGAAACCAUCAUCUGGAAAUUGGUCAGGGGGAGGUUUGACAUAUCAUCAGAUCUGAAACUGGUUAGUAGUGUGAAACCUUCCCUCAGAACAAACUUUUCCGAAGGUUCAGCUGUGGGCGAUCAGUCAGGGUGAGGCUGGGAAGAAGUGAGUGUGCUCCAAGUGUGGCGAGAGCUUCAAUCAUUCAUCGAGCCUCAUGAACCACUGACUCCUACAGGUGAGGCUGUUCAAGUGUGAGCCAUGUGAGGAGGGCUCCACAGGCUCAUGGGAUCUCCUAAUGCACAAGACACAUCUGUAACGACCUCUGUUGAGAUGCGGGAGCCAAUGGAAGAGAAAGGAUUCAAGUCUGAGGCUUGUGAUAAAGCUUUUGUGACAUCUUCGAAUAUCCUGACACACCAGAGGAUUCACCUGGGGUCGAAACCCUUCAGGUGUGAGGUUUGUGAAGUGACUUUCACCAAGUCCUCCAAUCUCCUGAGACACCGGAGGAUUCACACAGGGGAGAAGCCAUUCACGUGUGAGGUGUGUGACAAAUCAUUCUCACAGUCAUCCAACUUCCUCAACCACCAACGCAUUCACACCGGGGAGAAACCAUUCAAAUGUGACGUAUGUGACAAAUCAUUCUCACGGUCAUCAGACCUGCGUGUACACCAACGCACUCACACAGGGGAGAAACCAUUCACAUGUGAGGUAUGCAACAAAUCAUUCUCGCAGUCAUCGCACCUCCUCAACCACCAACGCAUUCACACUGGGGAGAAACUAUUCAUGUGCGAGGUGUGCACCAAAUCAUUUUCAGAAUCCUCGACCCUCCGGGAACACCAACGCAUUCACACAGGGGAGAGACCGUUCAGGUGUGAGGUUUGUGAUAAAUCAUUUUCAUGGUCAUCGGACCUCCGUGUCCACCAACGCAUCCACACAGGGGAGAGACCAUUCAUGUGCAAAGUGUGUAACGAAUCAUUCACGCAUUUAUCGACCCUCCGCACACACCAACGCAUUCACACAGGGGAGAAACCAUUCAAGUGUGAGGUGUGCAAUAAAUCAUUCACUCAGUCAUCUAACCUCCGUGUACACCAACGCAUUCACACAGGGGAGAAACCAUUCCAUUGUGAAGUGUGUGACAAAUCAUUCUCACAGUUAUCAAAACUCCUGCUCCAUCUGACAGUCCACACCGGGGUGAAACCAUUCACGUGUGAAGUGUGUGACAAAUCAUUCUCGCGGUCUCAGUACCUCUGCGUACACCAACGCAUCCACACUGGGGAGAGACCGUUCAAGUGUGAGGUGUGUGGCAAAGCCUUCACACAGUUAUCGAAGCUCCUGGUCCACCAGAGGAUCCACACAGGGGAGAAGCCAUUCACGUGUGAGAUGUGUGAUAAAUCAUUCUCACAGUCAUCAAGUCUCCGUAGCCACCAACGCAUCCACACUGGGGAGAGACCGUUCAAGUGUGAGGUGUGUGACAAAGCCUUCAUGCAGUUAUCAAAGCUCCUGGUCCAUCAGAGGAUCCACACAGGGGAGAAGCCAUUCACGUGCGAGGUGUGCAAUAAAUCAUUCUCGCAGUCUCGAACCCUCCGUGUACAUCAACACAUUCACACAGAAGUGACAGUUCGAGUGUGAGGUAUACGACAAAAUCUUCACAAAGUUUUCGAAGCUCCAGGUCCAUCAGACAGUCCACACGGGAGAAACCAUUGAAGUGUGAAAUGUGCAACAAAUCAUUCUUACAGUCACCUAAACUCCUGCUCCAUCAGAGGAUCCACACCAGCGAGUAACCAUUGAAGUGUGAGGUUUGUGAUAAAGCUUUUUUGAUGUUUUUGAUGUGAGGUCUCGGUUUGAGUUCUGUCAGAAAUCCUUCACACGGUUGAAGGACCUCCUGGAACAUCAAUGAACCCACAUGGGAACUACCUAACCAAGCUGUAGUCAAUCUUUCAUCGGAGUGUGAAUGUCUACACAACCUCACUGCAAAGGAUAUCCAGUGGUAUUGGGGCACAGAACAAGAAGCAGCUUUCACUCAUAUUAAACAACUAGUGAUGACAAGAGUGCUGAGGUACGAUGAAGUCAUUGGUGAAGUCACCCUGCAGUGAGAUGCCAGUGAAACAGGAAUUAGAGCAACCCUCAUGCAGCAAGGACAACCAGUUGUGUUUGUAUCCAGAAUGUUAACACAAACUGAACGAUGCUAUGCCCCAUCAGUCUUAGUAUCAGCACCUAUGUGGAGUAUCUUGCAAACAAAAAGGGGGAUGUUUGGAUAAAUUCCUUUUUAUGCUGUGGCUUCCCAUAUUAAUGUGACCUCUGAUGUCAUCAUAUGUAAAUAAAGGUUUAUGGGCUGUAACCAUUUUACACACCACAUGGAACAUUAUUUAAAAUUCAAAUGGCUCCAAACAAAGAUGAGUUUCCUGAAGCUUGGGAAACUGACCGGUGAAACGGAGGCGACUUUGAGCAGCAGAUCCGGUGGAGAUUUAAACUUGUAAUUGUCCCAUCUGAAUAAAACCUUAUUUAUUGCAGCUACUGUCUCAGUUCCCCCAGGCAAACAGAGUCAGUAGUUUGACAGAGAUUUUAGUGUGAGAAAAGCAUUCUUCAUCCUCGGAGGCUUUCAAACUGACAACAUCAGUGUGGGAUGUGUAGCCUUGGAUGUGUUUGACAGCAGAUCAGAAGAGGGAGACCCACAGCAUCCAAGGCAGCGAUGAUGUGCAGUGGUGGGGUCAGCACACAUACAGGAACUGGGGAGUAAUUUCUCCCUCCCCCUCUUUCUAUAGUGUUGAGGGUGGUUAGAAUUCGUUUUGAUUUUAAUAAAAACUGAUUCCAUAAACUCCAAUCGAUUUAAAGCCAAGAGUGUUGAAUGGGUUAAUAAAACGAGGUCAGGGAAGCCCUUUGGAGCUCACGGUGGUGGCUUCUUCAGCCAUUUUGUUUCAUGCAUUAUUGUAUCACUUUAUUACGAGUAAUUGAAAGCUUUGAAUAGGCCUUGAUUGAGUUAGGUUGUUGAUAACAUAAUUUAUGAAUUACCUAUGUAAUCGAUUUUUGAUUGCUCCAUAUAAUAAACAACAAAUAUACAACAA